GGCCGAACUGGCACCCGAUAAGCAAGUCCAGGACGGGCUGUGGUUUAACGUGGAGUAAAGGCGGAGUUCUCUACGAAACAAUAGUAUGCUACACCCAUGACGGGAUGCCUCUCUGCUAUUCCUACAUAUAGAUUCGAAGCGCUGAGCCAAAACUGCUCGCGAAGUAAUUGGUAAUUACGUAGGCACCCAAAUGAGUCUUUGGGGCUGAGACAUAGAUGGAUGCACGGACAUGCAAAAGUAACUGUUGCUGUGGUAACCCUGGGAACAACCACACCAGGAACAAACGAAUAGAGGGGGACCAUCCAUCCCGUCUGUGGAAUGCACCCUUCGUUCUUACCACCACCAUAAUUCUAUUAUACCACAUUCCAGUCGGUAUAGCCCUCCCCCCCACCGAACAUUUCCAUUCCUUCGAGGUCGACGCCCCAUUGCAGACAUGGUCAGCGCUCACCAGCCCUUUCUCUACGAGGCAGACAAGUAUGACGACAGUCGUUUCCCUUCCACUCCAUUUGAUCCCAAGGCUGUAACUCGUGCCAGCCUUGAGCCCAAGCGGUCCAAACCUAGGCCCAAUGGCCCGCUCAUCUCGUUCAACCAACAUCCCGACUCUCAUGAGGUCCUGGGGCAACGGUCUGUGUACUGGAAGCCCAUGGACAGUAAAAAAUGGUGGAUUAAGACCAUGAGAUUGGUACAGAUGGUGCUGCGAAUAGUCGAGCUGAUCGGGGCAAUUGGCGUAUUGGUCAUGAUCAUCCUCAUCAAGAAGAUGCCGGACUUGACGGCGUGGGUAAUGAGAAUCACGCCUGGAGUCGCCAUGAUCCACUGCAUUUAUGGCAUUUACCACCUCUCCCGAGCCGCUGGCGGACGGACUCCAGGCUCUUCGGCGGCCUAUCACACAUUUGCGGGCAUCUCUGAUCUCUGUGUCGCGCCCAUCUUCGCCUACGGAAUUCUGGCCAUCCGGGACAAUGGAUCCAAGUGGGCCACCAUAUUGCCGAACCAGGGCGCGAUGGACGUCAUCAUCCCGGCUGUAUACUACCUCCUGAUCGCAGACGGCGCACUGCAUCUUCUGUCCCUGGCUAUCUCGCUGUGGCUGGGCGUUAUGUUCCGACGGAUCCAAAACAUGCCACCGGACAUGAACCCGCUAGAGAGCCACCUGACAGCCCGACCGCACAAGCGCAACAAGUCCUCCAUCGCCACCACGUCCACCUACACGGAGAGCGAAAAGCGCCUGUCGACCCCGCUGGAAGAGCGCCGCCGCUCCGGCACACCCUACGAGGACAUAUCGCGGGGCCCAAGGGUCCCCUUCAUGCAUACCCGCCAGGGCUCCGACACCUCCCUGCGCACGCGCGACUCCCGCGUCGACCUCCCCAGCCGCCAGUACCAGAUCACGCCCGGCAACUCCCCUCGCAACUCGGCCACCUCGGCCGAUCUGAAGCGCAUGUCCGCGCCCCCGCCCCCGCGCUCCUCACACCGCGGCUCCUACGCCGAGAUCCCGCUCGCCGGGACCAGCAGCCGCGGCUCGUCCGCGUACGGCUACGCGCAAGCGUACGCAUCCCCUUCCUCCCCGACGCAGGUGGCGUCGUCGUCGUCAUCGUCCCGCCCGAACAGCUCCUCCCGCCUCAGCACCGGCACCGUGGCCUCGCACCGCGCGACGCCGACGGUGCCCAAGCACCAGACCGCGCAGCCGGCCCGCGCCGCAAGGUUCACCGAGGCCUGGUACGCGUCCGACUCGCUCAUCAGCCGCACGCAGCAGCGCGCCCGCGAAAUGGGCCGCCCCGGCGCCGCCGUCGCCCCGAGCAGCCGGCGCGCCUACGAGGCUAUCGCCCAGCCGUACGAUGACAACGACUCGGACUCGGACUCGGACGCCGGGAUCCGCCCCGACGAGAACGAGAGCGAUCUCGGCUCCGCCGCCGGGCACCCAAACCCGCUGCGCUGCAACCCGCUCGCGCCGCCGCCGGCGUCCAGGGGCCCCGCGCUGGCCGACAUCGCCCUCAACGACCGCCGCGUCAGCGGCAGUCGGGACAUUGUGGACGAGAAGCCUGCCGCGGCGGCGCUGGCGUCGACGCGGUACCAGCAGCAGCAGCAGAACCUGCUGUUGAAGAAGAACCCGCAGAUGGUGCCGCGCAACCGCAACAGCUCGAUCCAGCCCGAGAGCGAGUUCUUCUACUCGAAGCCGUAUGGCGAGCUCAAGCCCGCGACGCCGCCCGUCAUGGUCGGCAGCGGGAGGCAGGUCUCGUCGGGUAACGACUAUGGUGUCGGGGCUGGGGUGGGGGCCGAGGCGGGCUUCUCGUCUACCUUUGGUAAGCGGGGGGUCAGUGGGAAGAUUGCGGAGGAGGGGAGAGUUGGAGAGGAGAGGAGGUAUUCGAGGUAUGGUGGGCUUGACGAGUAAGGGGGGAUGUGGUGGGCGAGAAGAUCCGUAUGAGUGUGCUUAAAGGUAGGUUGGCUUGGACGAUGUCAUGUUGGGUCGAUGGAACGGGGAUAGCUUGGUGUUUCUGCUCGAUUGUUUGUCUGUAUGUAUGGAAUUUGCGGAGUUUGUAAUGACAGGCUAGGGAACGGAUAUUAUGGGAUGGGAGUCAGGACAAGCAGAGAUGAUAGGGCAACUUGAAGCUCACUUAGUUUCAAAGCGGUGAUGAUGAUGCUCUAUGAAGACAACCGAGUGAGUGUACCUAAAGCUUUCCAAGAGAGAGAUACGGAGUAACCCCCCGCGAAAGGCUAC